CUCAUGAGGGCGUUGGGGGAUUUUCUGUUCCUACUUCCGCCCACAGAGCUCCACUGGAGGGAGCUGUUUACACGUCAUUCUUUGACAACAAGCGCUCAGAUCUCCUGACGGCGUUAUUAAUGAACGCCACAGCUGAAGGUGACAGAGAGCAAUGGUUCUGGGGUUUAGUUGGUGGCUCGGAAAGUGGAGCAGUUAAAUGCAGCUUCUCACAACCUCUCCGGCUGCUCCAUAUACAGCAAUGACCCACUUUCUGCCUCCAUCUUUGCUGCCUGACACCGGCCUGCAUGUUGUGGAGGAGGAGGGGUUUCUAGGUGGGCAGAAUAAUCAUUUAGUUUCCCUCACAGCUGACGGAUUCAUGGAAGAGACUCCGGCUGGACGGGAGGUGGAAGGUCUGUGGAAAUGGGGAUCAGAAAGAGCAGCAGCAGUACAACGGGAUACUGGUGAUCUGUCCAAACUACGUCAUGGUGUCGUGCUUCCCCAACGCCAUCAUCGCCAACGUCCCAGAGUGUCCGUACGGUUGGGAAAUCGAGCAGCUGUCGCUGGGUGGCGUCUGUUACUCGGGAAUCCACAGUCCAGGUUAUUAUCGCUUCAUCAUCCCAGACCUGACGCCCAGAAACCACUCCUACUGCGGCACUCAGUCUGAGUACAUGCCCGGCAAAGACCCCAAGUACAUCUUCUACAACUCCAUUGUGUCCAACGACACAUCUCUGACGGUGAGGAACCAGCCGGUGAACUACACCUUCAGCUGCAUGUACCGAGCAGCCUACCUGGUAAAUAACGCCGUGUUCAGCCAGAGCGUUUUUACUAAACCCUCUGCUUUUUCCAGAGUGGCUACAGUUUAUGUCAACAAUGGGAGUUUAGGCACUUUUAGAUCACAGUUGUCUAUGAACGUGUUCACGAAUUCAAAGUUCCUGUACGCUAAAGACGCUCCGUACGUGAUCGAUACUUCUGAGAUCGGCUCUGAAGUUUUUAUCGGCAUCGAGGCUAAAGGUCUAAGUAACAGAUUUAAAGUUGUUAUCAGCAACUGCUGGGCGACUCCAACUCCGUAUUCUACAGACAGGAAGAGGUGGAGCCUCAUCAUCAACAGCUGCUCCUCUGACAACACUGUGACUAUUUUUGAAAACGCCAAAGACAGUCGCUCCAUGUUCAAGUUCAACUCGUUCCGGUUCCAGCGGCUGGAGAAGGUCUCCACCGUCUGGCUUCACUGUGAGGUUCAGGUCUGUGAUGGAGAACGACUCGUCUGUCAGCCGAGCCCCUGCAAUAUUAGAAGUCAGUCAGCGGACGUCGACCCGAGUGGAGGGAUUCUGACCGCUGAGUUUCACAUCAAAGGUUUCGGAUCUUCUAAUAACGGACACAUAGCAGGAACCUCUCUACUGAUGCUGCUGCUGGUCCUCAUAAACUCCUGUUCUGAUUUAAUAAACGGAUCCAGAAUGUAGAGAAACCUUUCCUUAUCCGGACCAGAGGGGAAUAUCAGCCAGGACUCAGGGAGCGUUUCCUCCUCCACACAUGAACAUCAAUGAUCCUCUCACAUCUGAUUCACGUUUAGCCCAUUUACGGAUGCUUUAAAUGAUCUUAUGUAAAGUUAAACACAUUAUUUCACCGCUUUCUCCAAUAAAGAUUCACUGGAAAAUUCAAACAAACAACAUUCUGUUCAACUUUAUUUGUGGGAUUUUCACAGCGUUGGUGAAUAAAUAAACUAUUUUGUUUUACCAUGA